UCAAGUUUGGUGUUUCCAAAGUACAAAGCCGUUCGAACAAAGCUCCCUCUGUUUUUGCCUAUUUCUCUCGCUCUCUAACCUCUGUCGUUUCCCAUUCGAUCACCUACAUCCUCUCUCUCUCUAACUUUCUCUCUCUAACACUCUCUCUCUCCUACUGCCUUUGCCUUCACACUAUUCAACAAACUCCAACAUUCCUUUGAUGGACUCGCUCUCGCAGGCGGUCGGCCCCAAGCUGCUUCUUCCGGCGGCGAGCUCUCACCGAUCACACGCACUCUUCGGCUCCGUUCUUCCAAGUUCGGCGCCGAACUUGCGCCGAAUUUGCAAGAAAGUUCGAGUGCAUGCGGAGAAUCAGAGACCGACUAGCGCGAUCGACUUCUGCGAUCCUGAUUGGAAAUCCAAGUUCCAGAACGACUUCGAGCGCCGAUUCAACAUUCCUCACCUCACUGAUGUUUUCGAAGACGCCGUUCCGAUUCCCUCCACUUUUUGUCUCAGGAUGAGGACUCCGGUAAUUGAAGAUUUUGCUGAUGGUUAUCCAUCUGAUGAGAAGUGGCAUGGAUACAUAAAUAAUAAUGACAGAGUACUUCUUAAGGUCAUACGCUACUCUUCUCCUACAUCUGCUGGUGCUGAGUGCAUUGAUCCCAGUUGUACUUGGGUGGAGCAAUGGGUUCACCGUGCUGGUCCCCGGGAGGAAAUAUACUUUAAACCAGAAAAAGUAAAAGCAGCAAUUGUAACUUGUGGAGGACUCUGUCCUGGUCUUAAUGAUGUCAUCAGACAGAUUGUCAUCACACUUGAAAUAUAUGGUGUGAAAAAGAUUGUGGGGAUUCCUUUUGGUUAUCGCGGUUUUUCUGACAAAGAAUUAACUGAAAUGCCGUUAUCCAGGAAAGUGGUUCAAAAUAUUCAUCUUUCUGGAGGAAGCUUGUUAGGAGUUUCACGUGGAGGACCAAGUAUUAGUGAACUAGUGGACAGUAUGGAGGAGAGGGGAAUCAACAUGCUCUUUGUGUUGGGUGGAAAUGGUACGCAUGCUGGUGCCAAUGCGAUACACAACGAGUGCCAUAAAAGACGGAUGAGGGUGGCUGUAGUUGGUGUGCCAAAAACUAUAGACAAUGAUAUUUUGUUAAUGGAUAAGACUUUUGGUUUUGAUACUGCCGUUGAAGAAGCUCAAAGAGCAAUUAAUUCUGCGUACAUCGAGGCUCAUAGUGCUUAUCAUGGUAUUGGUAUUGUGAAAUUGAUGGGUAGAAGUAGUGGAUUUAUAGCUAUGCAUGCAUCCCUUGCUAGUGGACAAAUUGAUAUAUGUUUGAUACCCGAGGUACCUUUCCGUUUACAUGGACCUCAUGGUGUCCUGAGGCAUCUGAAGUACCUACUUGAGACGAAGGGAUCGGCCGUAGUCUGUAUCGCAGAGGGAGCUGGGCAGAAUCUCCUUGAGAAAACUAAUGCGAAGGAUGCAUCUGGAAACAUUGUAUUUGGAGAUAUCGGUGUACAUAUACAACAAGAGACAAAGAAAUAUUUUAAGGAGAUUGGUAUUCCAGCUGAUGUGAAGUACAUUGAUCCCACUUACAUGAUCCGUGCAUGCCGUGCAAAUGCAUCAGAUGGAAUUCUAUGCGCCGUACUGGGUCAAAAUGCUGUUCAUGGUGCAUUUGCUGGAUAUAGCGGCAUCACGGUAGGCACAUGCAACACCCACUAUGUAUACCUUCCCAUUCCUGAAGUCAUUUCUUACCCGAGGGUGGUCGACCCUAACAGCCGCAUGUGGCAUCGGUGUUUAACAUCAACAGGCCAGCCGGACUUUGUCUGAUUAAACAGGGCCAUCUAAUUAUGUAGCAGAGUUGAGGAACCUAAGCUUUGUCAAAGAGUAGUAGAUUAAAGAAAUAGAAAGCCAGCUCCAGAAGGUUUACGGUUAGUUCGUUCGUGGCAUGUUGUUGAAGAAAUAAUACAAAACGAUGACGUUUCGUCUAGAUUCGAAUUCUUAUGAAUUGUAUAGCAUUGCAGUGCAAGAUAUAGAGAGGCAUAUCAAUAAUAAAAGGAUCUCAGAGAACCACCCAAAGCAUUGUGUAGCUGGUUCUCUUAUCUUUUGUAACUUAUGUUUGUAUAAGAAAAAUGUAUUUGCAGGAUGAGACUGGUAUAAAUCAGAACAAACACAGUAUUUUUUUUUUAUAAAUUUAUUUAUGAAUUUUGUGUUUUUAUAAA